ACUAAUUUUUAUUCCCUUUGCCAUCACAUUUUUUCAUAUUCCUUUUGUUUCCAUAGUCAAGAUUUAAAAAUUAAAAUUUGUUUUACGCUUAAGAAACAACCCCAAACUAUUGAAAUAUAUUUUGAAAUCCUUAGGCAGCCUCUAGCAUUUCAGUGGCACUGUGUUUUAAUUUUGGUAUGUAACUUUUAAUUAGUAAUAAGAAAACUCAUUUACAAAAAGGAAAACAGAUUUACAUGUGAAGUAGUCUGGAUAAUAAGACCAUGUCAGUUUUAUUCACGUAAAAUUAUGUCCUUUAGGUUAAUCAUUAGUAUUUUAGAGGAAAUGCGUUAGUUGUUUUCCUCCUCUUUUCCCCUCCCUCUUAUUUUUACCUCUUCUUCCCUUUUGUCUAUUAUCUUUUUUUCCAAAUCAGUAUCAGGUAGUUAUCAUUUAAUUAAAUUGUAUUGGCAUGUACGUUUCUGUUUCAAUGGCAUUGUCAGGCCUUUCCUAAAAGGAGAAGUCGAUUAUGUGCUAGGUAACUGGGUGUUGCUGCUCACUUGUGCUGUACUGCGAAGGAGGAGGGGAAAAUUAAGGUGUAAAAUACAGUCUUUCACUAAAGGAGUAGGGAGUAGAUACUAAAUACAUCUUUAAUUAAAGGCAAUCAGGAAAUUAUAACAGGUGAAAAAUUUUUAAUCUAUAAAUUGGGGUUCUGGUUUACUAUUUCAUUCUUAAGUGACAAAAAUGAUUCACUGAGCCAUAUUUUUCAGGGCUGGUGAAAUAGAAGUAGCCAAGGGUUUUAUAUCUGUUCAUUACAGCCUGUAACUUUAUUACCGAGGCGUCUCAAAUGAUCUAGUAUGUGGUAUCUAGUUGUUAGCAUUUCUUGUUUGUAUUUUAAUUUGUUGCCUUUAAAAUCUUCUUGUAGAGACAGGCUAGUUCUACCUUAAAAAAACCCACACACCCCUCUACUUAAAAGAAAUGGUACUUCCUGCUUUCAUAAACAGUCAUGUGCAUAGUUUAGCAAGGCCUGAUGCCUCUGGAGCGUUUUCCCUUUAUAGCACCAUUGAAUCCCAGUCCUAACAGAAGUACUGCGAAUCUUGUGGCCUCAUUUUGAACAAAAGGGAUUAGAGAAGAAAAAUCUCUUGAUAUAAGGCUUGAAAGCAAGGACAGGCAAUCUUGGUUGUGAAUAUUUUCUGAUUUUUCCAGAAAUCAAGCAGAAGAUUGAGCUGCUGAUGUCAGUUAACUCUGAGAAGUCGUCCUCUUCAGAAAGGCCGGAGCCUCAACAGAAAGCUCCCUUAGUUCCUCCACCACCACCUCCGCCACCGCCACCACCUCUGCCAGACCCCACGCCCCCAGAGCCAGAGGAGGAGAUCCUGGGCUCAGAUGAUGAGGAGCAGGAGGACCCCGCAGACUACUGCAAAGGUGGCUAUCAUCCAGUGAAAAUUGGAGACCUUUUCAAUGGCCGGUAUCACGUUAUUAGGAAGCUAGGAUGGGGACACUUCUCUACUGUCUGGCUGUGCUGGGAUAUGCAGGGGAAAAGAUUUGUUGCAAUGAAAGUUGUAAAAAGUGCCCAGCAUUAUACGGAGACAGCCUUGGAUGAAAUAAAAUUGCUCAAAUGUGUUCGAGAAAGUGAUCCCAGUGAUCCAAAUAAAGACAUGGUAGUACAGCUAAUUGAUGACUUUAAGAUUUCAGGCAUGAAUGGAAUACACGUCUGCAUGGUCUUCGAAGUGCUUGGCCACCAUCUCCUCAAGUGGAUCAUCAAGUCCAACUAUCAAGGCCUUCCCGUGCGCUGUGUGAAGAGUAUCAUCCGACAGGUACUUCAGGGAUUAGACUAUCUACACAGUAAAUGCAAGAUCAUUCAUACUGACAUAAAGCCGGAAAAUAUCUUGAUGUGUGUGGAUGAUGCGUAUGUGAGAAGAAUGGCAGCUGAGGCCACUGAGUGGCAGAAAGCCGGUGCUCCUCCUCCUUCAGGGUCUGCAGUGAGUACGGCUCCACAGCAAAAACCUAUAGGAAAAAUUUCUAAAAACAAAAAGAAAAAACUGAAAAAGAAGCAGAAAAGGCAGGCUGAGUUACUGGAAAAGCGCCUGCAGGAAAUAGAAGAAUUGGAGCGUGAAGCCGAAAGGAAGAUAAUAGAAGAAAACGUGACAUCAGCUGUACCUUCCAAUGAGCAAGAUGAUGACUACCGCCCAGAGGUGAAACUAAAAACAGUGGGAUUAGAGGAGGCUGCUGAGGAAGAGACUGCGCUUGACAACGGUGAAGCUGAGGACCAGGAAGAGAAAGAAGAUGCCGAGAAAGAAAACAUUGAGAAGGAUGAAGACGAUGUUGAACAGGAGCUCGAGAACAUAGACCCAACGUGGAUAGAAUCCCCCAAAACCAAUGGUCACAUUGAGAAUGGCCCGUUCCUGCUGGAGCAGCAGCUGGAUGAUGAAGACGAUGAGGAGGAAGAUUGCCCAAACCCUGAGGAAUAUAACCUGGAUGAGCCAAAUGCAGAAAGUGAUUACACGUAUAGCAGCUCCUACGAACAAUUCAAUGGUGAAUUGCCAAAUGGACGACAUAAAAUUCCUGAGUCACAGUUUCCAGAGUUUCCCACAUCAUUGUCCUCUGGGCCCUUAGAACCUGUGGCUUGUGGCUCUACACUUUCCGAGGGAUCCCCACUUACUGAGCAGGAGGAAAGCAGCCCAUCCCACGACAGAAGCAGGACAGUUUCAGCCUCCAGCACUGGGGAUUUGCCAAAAACAAAAACCCGGGCCGCAGACUUACUGGUGAAUCCCCUGGAUCCACGGAAUGCGGAUAAAAUUAGAGUUAAAAUUGCUGACCUCGGAAAUGCUUGUUGGGUGCAUAAACACUUCACAGAAGAUAUCCAGACACGACAGUAUAGAUCCAUAGAGGUUUUAAUAGGAGCAGGUUACAGUACACCUGCUGACAUCUGGAGUACGGCAUGUAUGGCAUUUGAGCUGGCGACAGGAGACUAUUUGUUUGAACCGCAUUCUGGAGAGGACUAUUCCAGAGAUGAAGACCAUAUAGCCCACAUCAUAGAGCUGCUAGGCAGUAUCCCAAGGCACUUUGCUCUAUCUGGAAAAUACUCUCGGGAAUUCUUCAAUCGCAGAGGAGAACUGCGGCACAUCACCAAGCUGAAGCCCUGGAGUCUCUUUGAUGUACUUGUGGAAAAGUAUGGGUGGCCCCAUGAAGAUGCUGCACAGUUUACAGAUUUCCUGAUUCCGAUGUUAGAAAUGGUUCCAGAAAAACGAGCCUCAGCUGGCGAAUGCCUUCGGCAUCCUUGGUUGAAUUCUUAGCAGAUUCUACAAAUAUAGCAUUCUGAGCUAGCAAAUGUUUUCCAGUACAUUGGACCUAAACGGUGACUCGCAUUCUUUUAACAGGAUUACAAGUGAGCUGGCUUCAUCCUCAGACCUUUAUUUUGCUUUGAGGUACUGUUGUUUGACAUUUUGCUUUUGUGCACUGUGAUCCUGGGGAAGGGUAGUCUUUUGUCUUCAGCUUAGUAGUUUACUGACACACUUUCUUCUGGAAACAAUAACAUGUCUCUAAGCAUUGUUUCUUGUGUUGUGUGACAUUCAAAUGUCAGUUUUUUUGAACGAAAAAUACUUUCCCCCUUGUGUUUUGGCAGGUUUUGUAACUAUUUAUGAAGAAAUAUUUUAGCCGAAUACUAUAUAAUUUACAAUCUUAAGAAAUUAUCAAGUUGGAACCAAGAAAUAGCAAGGAAAUGUACAAUUUUAUCUUCUGGCAAAGGGACAUCAUUCCUGUAUUAUAGUGUAUGUAAAUGCACCCUGUAAAUGUUAAUUUCCAUUAAAUAUAGGAUGGGAACUCCAAUUUCAGAAAAGCUACCAAGUCUUGAGUGCUUUGUAGCCUAAGUUGCAUGUAGUGGACUUAGCUCCAGGGAGUUGUACAAACUUCAUUCUAUAAUAAUAAUACUUUUUCUUUGGAACUUAAACAAAGUGGCUCUGGGUUAUGUCAUUCCCAAUAUGGCACUUAGAGAAAGAAAAACAUACUUCCCAUUCUAAAGUACAUAUUAUAGUUUAGCAUUCCCCUUCCUAUUUUUGUGUAUUUUAAAAGUACUUUUAAGGAAAAACAGCAGUUUCCCUUUAAAAAUGUGAUGGCCCUGUACCAUGUGGUGUUGCCUCCUCCAAACACUGUAAGUUAAAGUCUACACAGAUUAAACUGGACAAGAGAAAGAUAUUCAGUGUGUGAAAUGAAAAAAUAUAUUUUUGGAAAAUCUUGCUUGUGUUUGUCUAUAACCAAGGUACGGUAUAUACAGUUUGCAGUGCAAUGGACAGUAUACUAACAACUCAGAGGUAACAGUGAUCGUGUUCAUUCCAUGGGCAUUUUUAUAUGACUACAACAAAUUUUACUAGCUUUUUUAUUGUUUUUCUGUGCAUUGAAGUUGAGAAAAUGAUUUUCCCUUUGCAGGUUGCACACAAUUUUGUUUAUGCAUUUCCUUAAAAUUGUAGAAUCCAGGACACAAACCAUAGUAGGCAAUACAAUUUUAGAAUGUAAUAUAUAGAGGAUAUUUAGCCUCUUUUAGAAGUCAUUGGAUUGAAUGCCAGGUGUUUUUUUUUAAUUUUACAUUAAGGUGCCUCCUUUUCCUUGACUUUGUCUAUUAACAUUCAUCCGUAUGCCUUUGCAAUAACUAGAUUGUGAAAAGAGAACAAGUGUUGUAACAAUAACCCAUUGUUUGAGGUGCUUGCAGUUGUUUUAAAAAUUAAAGUGUUUUUGGGGUUUUUUUUCCAGACAUUGCCUUGAUCAUUGGCCUAUAUUUGAAUCAAUAGAAUCAACAAACAUUUGCUAUCCUUUGAGUGUAGUAUCCAAAACUAAAGGGAAUGUCAUCAUUCCUGUUGCAGGAAAUGUAGUUCUUCCAUAACAUGAAUUAAGGCUUUAUACAAGGAAAUCAUUCAUUGUUUUGUAAGGGUAUAGAAUAUGGAUUUAGAGAAGAUGCUAUAGUAUAGAUUUAAUACGUAGAAUUUCAGUGAUCCUUUUUCAUUUAUGUUUUAUGGAAAACAUUACCUAUACUUUGAGCAUUGCAGAUUUUUUUCAACAGUAUUCACUAUGAGGGAACAAUACACAUAAUCCUGUUUGGCAUGAGCAUUAUAUUACAUAUCACUGUGAGGUGGAACAUACCAUUCAUUUAUGAAAUGUGCUUCUGAGUUUUUCUGAUGAGGCUAUCGGUUACCAUGUAGGUUCUAUGACAGAUGGUGGCUAUAGACCAGUGAUGCUAUCCAUCAUUUCUGUAGGAGCCAUAAGAAUUUUUACCAGGGCUAUAGCACACUUGAAUGAAAUUUAUCUAAUGCAGUUUUGGUUGUUAGAAAAUUAACUAGAUUAUGAAUUUUUAAGGAUUUGUUCCUUAUGAUAAAAUAGCCUAAUUAGUUUAUAAUGUAAAAAAGAAUUUUCUUGCCCUGGCAGCUUAGUUGGUUGGAGCAUCAUGCCAUACACCAAAAGGUUGCGGGUUCGAUUCCUGGUCAGGACACUUACUUAGGUUGUGGGUGCAAUCCCCGGUCGGGUGCACACGGGAGGUAACCGAUAGAUGUUUCUCUCUUUCUCAAAUCAAGUAGAAACAUAUCCUUAGGUGAGGAUUUAAAAAACAAAACAAUUGUUCUGUAAGGAAUAUACAUUUGUAUUAGGUACAGUGUGGUUUUUAGCAGAUCCUUGGUGGCAUAUAAGCUAAAGAACUGCUGGUUAUGCAAAACACUACAGCCAGCUCAAUGAUUUUAGUUGAAUGUUCUAUCUUUUUCUCUAGUCCAUGUAAAGUCUUCAUGGAAAAAUGACAAGCAGUGGAUCACGUAUGUGAUUAUAGCAGAUUCAGAAGCUGGCUGUCUGGAAAUUAGAACUUCCCAAAGGCAGAGAAAAGGUCGAUAUAAGAGCUUCAAAACAUACAUUUUUUAAGGUGAAAACUAAUUUACUGACUUUGCUUCUUCCUAUACCUGCAUCAUAUAUAACUAGUUAACAUAACUACUGUUUCUACUGGUUUCUGCUGGGGUAGAGAGCUCAGUUUUUAUCUACAGUUGAAAUUAAUUCUUAAAUUCCACUUUUUUCUUCCAUUAGUUUUUUUAACUGAACGAAAUUUUGGUAAAGGACAGUAUUUGAGAGUGUAUGUAUUCUUCAUUAUGGAGUCAAAUAAUUAUAUAAGAUUCUGCAGUUAAAAGAAAUGAUUCUGUAUGCAUUAUUUAUUUAGUAGGCAAUCUAUGAGGAAUUAAAAAUCCUUUGAAGAGAUGAAUAUUGGUAUUUCACUAUGCUUAGUUAACUUUGUGUUCUAGUGUUUGAAACUAUCCGGAUGGAUAAUGUAAAGCCAUUUCUUCUUGGACAACUAUUUCUUUUGGUAAAGUAGAAUUUUGUUCAUAAAGGCAAGGAUGGUAAAGUUGACCUAAGUUCUUUUAAAACUUGAAGCUGAUUAGGAUUGAUCUCUAAACGCAGCUGUGUUAAUGUACUAUUAUUAGCUAAUUUUCAAAAGGAAAUGGAAAUUAAAAGUGUAAAACAUGA